AAACAAACCGGUCCAGUUCCGUAAACCGUCCUAAGAAUUUGCGAAAUGGCGCCGAUAACAUGACCCAUCGCUCAGACGUAACUCCCACCCUUUUUCCCGCGCGUGUAUUCUACUCGCCUCCAAUCAAUUUCCGACAGUCGGAGGUCUUUUUCACUGCUCUACCUCCGGCGACUGCAUAUUCUUUCCCUUUUUCUCUCAGAUCUCUCUCUAUCUCUUUAUCUCUUCAAAAUUUUCCACCGGUCGUUUUCAUUAAUUUGUUGAAUCAAUUAAUUUCUCUUAGAAGAAUCGUACAUCUGUUUUUUUUUUUUCUCUUGAAUCCUCCAAGGAUUCUAUCCACCUUUGCGGUUGAACCAUUUAUUGCAGCCGGUUGUUCAUUUCAAUGUCACGGACGCUGUUUGUUUUGAUUUUGUGUCUGAGUGCGUUGCGGUUGGGAGUUUCGUUGGGAUCGCGUUCGAUCCUUAGAACAGUUCCUGAUAAGAACGGGGAUUCUGAAGAUUACGCCGUUGAUUUGAACGCCACCAAUUUCGAUGCGGUUCUUAGGGAUACUCCAGCUACUUUUGCGGUUGUUGAAUUCUUUGCCCACUGGUGCCCUGCGUGCAGAAAUUAUAAGCCCCAUUAUGAAAAAGUUGCUAGGCUUUUCAAUGGACCCAAUGCUGUGCACCCAGGAAAAGUAUUAAUGACAAGAGUGGACUGCGCAUUGAAGAUGAAUACCAAUCUUUGUGAUAGAUUUUCGGUAGGCCACUAUCCUAUGCUCUUUUGGGGUCCUCCUUCCAAAUUUGUGUCUGGAAGUUGGGAUCCUAAGCAAGAGAAAAGUGAAAUACGUAAUAUUGAGAAUGGACGGACUGCAGAAAAGUUACUAAGUUGGAUAAACAAGCAAAUGGGCAGCUCAAUUGGCUUGGAUGACGAAAAAUUUGAAAAUGAGCAGAAUCUAUCAUCCAAUAUCUCAGAUCCAGGACAGAUUGCUCGAGCAGUCUAUGAUGUCGAGGAGGCAACAUCCAUUGCCUUUGAUAUUAUCUUGGAACACAAGAUGAUCAAAUCUGAAACUCGAGCAUCCCUUAUAAAGUUUCUUCAACUUCUGGUGGUUCAUCAUCCUUCCUUGAGGUGUCGAAAAGGUAGUGCAGAGAUACUUGUAAACUUCGAUGAGCUGAACCCUGCAGAUAUGAACCAAGAAGAGGUUGCUAGUGAAAAAGGUGCUGUUAAGAACUUUCAGAUAUGUGGAAAAGAUGUUCCUCGUGGAUAUUGGAUUUUUUGUCGUGGUAGCAAGAAUGAUACGAGGGGUUUUAGUUGUGGAUUAUGGGUUCUACUGCAUUCCCUUUCUGUGCAAAUUGAGGAUGGAGAAAGCCAGUUUGCAUUCACAACUAUCUGCGAUUUCAUCCACAACUUCUUUGUUUGUGAGGAAUGUCGCCAGCAUUUUUACGAAAUGUGUUCAAGCGUGUCUAGUCCUUUCAACAAAGCUCGCGACUUUGCCCUCUGGUUGUGGAGGGCACACAACAAAGUCAAUGAUAGAUUAUUGAAAGAAGAAGAAUCCAUGGGAACUGCAGAUCCAAAAUUUCCAAAGAUGAUUUGGCCUCCAAGACAACUUUGCAUGUCAUGCUAUCGUUCUCGUAGCAGCCAGCCGAUCGAAUGGGAUUUGGAUGAAGUACAUAAAUUCCUGACCAGCUAUUAUGGUAGAACGCUUGCCUCUCUAUACAAAAGCAACAGUGCACUUGGGACCAUUGGUGCCGAUGGUGUUCUCGAUGAGCCAACAACUUCAACAAAUGCGGUAGCAGUGCCGGUGGGGGCUGCAUUGGCAAUUGCUCUUGCAAGCUGCGCUUUUGGAGUGCUUGCUUGUUACUGGCGUUCACAGCAAAAGAGUCGGAAGCCAAGAAGAAGCUCGGGGCUAAGGCUUUCAGAAGGUCACGACUAGACAGAAGUAAAAUAAUGGUAAGCUUCCACAUAACUUUUCGACAACACAAAGAAGAUUUGAAGUAUUCAACUGCCUGAGAUGAGGUUUAAUGGGUGUAUUCAAAUUCAAAGUCUCUUGCGGCACACACACUAAUCUUACCGAUACGUGUCAUGAACUUAUUUUUGAAGACAAAUCAUCCUAAACCUUUUUUUUACAUAUAAUUUUUAUUUUCACCUCACAGUGAUAUGUAGCUUAAGCUUGAUUGUUCCAGAGAGAGAGAAAGAGGGUCGAAGAGGAGAAAAAAACAAGGAAGAGAAUCUUUUGUAAUUUAGCAUAACUGAGGGUUGAAAAUAUUGUUUAUGAUUAUUUUUUGGCUUUCAGACGAGAA